AUGUCUCGUGGAGAAGUCGAAUGGGCCGCUUUAAGAAUGCAGGGGGCAAGUCAAGAUGAUGAGGAAACCGGGGACGAAGGCCGAGAUCUCCAUUUCUCUAACCCGCAAGCCUACCACGAUAUCUACAACAAUGCGAACCGGUGGGACAAGGACAAGGCACUGUACGAAUGCUUUGGCGAGGACCACUCCUCGUUUGGCUUCCUCACAUACCACGAGGCCAAGCAACGCAAAGACGUCUUGCAGCCGCUCUUCUCCAGACGAAAUAUUUUACAGAUGCAGUCUCUGGUUCGCAAGAAUAUGGACCAUCUCGUGCAGAGACUCUCGGAGGACUUUGCUGCGGGCAAGUCGUCCGACUUGUUCUUCGCCUUCAGAUGCUUUACCAUGGACACCAUCACCAGUUUCUGCUUCGCUAAAUCUGUUAACGCCAUCGACGUGCCUGGCUACAAUGCCCCUAUCAUCGAAGCCAUGGAGGCGUCUGGGCCGGCCUUCAUCCAAUUCAAGCAUCUGGCCCUUUUCCGCAAAUUCGUCUUCUCCCUCCCGCCCAACAUCGCCAUCAAAGCAUCACCCGAGACGGCAGGCCUGACGCGUCUUCAGGUCAUCUUACGCAAUCAGGUCGACGAAGUCACAGCGAAUCCAGGCGUGCUCAAGGAAGCUCCCCACCCGAUCAUCUAUCAUCGACUUCUCGAUCCCGAGGCGCACAAAGGCCAGCAGAUCCCCAACAAGCAAUCGUUGUAUGAAGAGGCCCAGGCGCUGAUGUUCGGAGGCGGCGACACCGUCGGCAACACGUUGAUGGUCGGCUUCAAUCACAUUCUGCAGCCGGCAAACCAGGAACUCUACCACGCUCUUCGCGACGAGGUCCGUUCUGUCUGGCCCGAUCUGGCGACUCCGCCGAGCUCCUUCGAGGCACUCGAGCCUCUGCCCUUACUCACCGCGACCAUCAAAGAAUCUCUACGCAUCGCACCGGGGGUGGUGUCCCCCCUCCUCCGCGUCGUCCCCGCCACGGGCGCCACCAUUGCCUCCCACAAAAUCCCCCCGGGGACGGUAGUCGGCAUCUCCAGCGUCUUCGUGCAUUCAUCCGCCACCAUAUUCGACCACCCGAACGCGUUCAUGCCUCAGAGGUGGCUCCACAAUACCGGCACCGGCAGAGAACUAGAGUCCAACCUCGUCGCGUUCAGCCGCGGGCCCCGGUCGUGUCUGGGCAUCAACCUCGCGUGGUGCGAGCUGUACGUCGCCUUCGCAACCAUGCUGCGCCGCUUUGAGCGGUUGGAGAUCGACCCGGCCUCCCCGCCCGCCGACUUGCGGUACCGCGACUCCUUCCUGCCCAAUUUCUACGGCGAGAAUCAUCUCAAAGUGAGGUGCAGGCCGGCGACGGAGUAG